AUGUCUGUAUCACCAGCACAGCACCCCGCCGCUGCACCGAAACACAGGUUGCCAGCUCGCAAGCCUACUAGAAAUACGAACCAGCGUAAGGCCAACCCUAGUGUAAUUCGACAUAAUGUUUCGCAUUUUCAAAUUGUGGAAGAUAUUGAAGCAAUGCUGCAAGAAGCCAAGCGCCAAGGUGCUACCUAUCAGCCCACCAUGGAUUAUCUGCGUCGUGCUAGCAUCUUGCUGCAGCGAUGUAAGACUCGGGAGCAGUGCACAGCUGCUGUUGCACUUUGUGAUAUCGUCCAAAAAGCCCCGACCAUUUAUGGAAAAGCAGAGAUGGAAAGCAUUCGAAUUUAUCAGAAGGCUGGUUGUAACGAAGAAGCUAUGUCUCUGGCCUUAAAGCUGAUGAGUGAGAAUGUCUUUUUGUUAAAUCCAGCUCUUGCCAGUGCCAUUCAGGCCUGUGCAGCACUCGGAGAUAUAGACAAAGGUUUUAAAAUUUUUGAUGAGGCUGUGAAGCGCGGCAGUAUCCCCAGCUUGCACGUAUACUCGGCAUUGCUUGCUGUUGCAGGGACAACUGGAGAUCCAAAGAGGGUGCAGAAUGUGCUGGGACAGAUGGAAGACGCAGGCGUUGAAAUGGACGAUAUGACGUUCAAUAAUCUAAUGAGUGCCUAUGUACGCAAAGGACACGUGACUGAAGCGCUGGCAUUGUAUGAAAAAAUGCAAAAGGAAGGGAUUCCCGCAGGAGGCCACACAUUCGCAAUUUUGAUGGAUGCCCACGCUGCAAAUGGAGACUUUGAUGCCACGAUGGCUUUAAUGAACGAUCUUAAAAAGACGACAAUUGAACCGAAUUUGGUACACUACAACAUCUUGCUUAAGGCUUGUGGAAAAGUUAAAAACCUGACGACAGCUUUCCAGUUGUACGAGGAGUUAAAGGAGCGUAAAAUCAGACCGGAUUUGAUCACAUUCAUCACCAUGAUGCAUGCGGUCUAUCAUGGUGAAAUCGGUGCGAUAGAUCAAAAGAAAGUAAAAGCGGCUCUUAUGGGAGUGGGAAUGAUGGGCGUAGCAUUUGUCCCGCUUAUCAAUUUCCAGGAUUAUAUGAUGACUACACUCUUUUGUGGUAGUCUCGUGGGCUCAAUGGGGCUGGCUGCUUACAUGAACCCGGACGGCGUUGUACGCGCUUUAUAUCCUAAUUCUGAUGAACCACGCGACGACACCGUCAUAGAAGCGUUUUUUCGACGACUACGCGAAGAAGAUCAUUGCGGGCGAUCCAUGUAUUUGUGGCGAGAGAUGGUAAAAUUUAACGUCUCUGCGGACCCGCGCGUGUAUGAUGUUCUUGUGCGAAUUUGUGUACGUAAGCGUCACCCGGAACUGGCAUACGAAGCGGUGUUUGAAGAAAAUUUGCCACUUGUUGAUAGGAAAGGAGUUUUCGUACUGAACCCAACUACUACGCUGAGUCUGCUGCAUUCUCUGCUUGCUCAAAGGCGCCUAAACAUGGCUGACGCUCUAUACAACGCCGCCCGAAGUCACAAUGUUUUCAAAAAAGUAUUCAUUGAAAAAAAUGACGGGUAUGUGUAUGAUCUGCGUUCAUUCCUUACCGAACAAGUGCGGAGUUACAUAAUUAUCAAACUUAUGGACGAGUUGCGAGCAAAAGUGGACUCUCUAGAUGGUAAAUUUAUCGCCCCAAAUGUGCAGUUUUUGGUUCAGCACGGGUUUGAUCUACUUGAUCGCCUUGAUGCAGACAACGCCAGUCUGCGAACACUAUUCUCGAUGGAUGAUAUGACGCGCAUUGAUGUUGAAGGAGAUGGCACAUCCAAACGCCACUAUUUUUUGCUCGUUAUCCCCUCGGAUCGACUCCAAAGCUAUUUCAAGGAUACGCCCGCUGGCGCUGGAAAGGAGCAACGCCUCUGA